AUGGCUAGGCGCCAAGCUGUUUUGAACCAAUCUGUUCUUGCAAAGAGCAUCAAAGCACCACCAUGCGACUGCCGGCGCAGGCCCGACGAAUCAGUUCUGCGACGUAAUCGUGCCUUUGUGCAUUUGGUUCUCGGUUGCCGUGGUCCAAUGGAUUCUUCAGACCCUGAUUUCGACAGCUACAGCCGCAAGUUGCAGUUGGGCGAAGAGCUUCUGAAGCUAGACACUGGCGAUUGGAGUUUGAGUGGUCACUUGGUUCAUCACUGCGGUGGCAUUGGUUGCUGCAGAGGAGGUUUGGACGAGACGCGGCGCAAGUUGUGGGCUUUCGUGUUUGGAUUGAAGCCCACAACACCUGCCAUUGCUCGCUGGACCAGCUGCGGCAAGGCCGCUCGGUACUACCUGUGUGCAUUGGGAUACCACCAAAUUCUGCGCGAAGGGUUUCGCCGACUACAUGGAAAACAGUCGUCGCUUGGUGUCUCUGGCGAUGAAGAUGUGACCGGUGCAGAAAUGAUUGAAGCCCAGUCGGGAGAUUCGACUGAUCUAUAUCGGAAAGUUCUCAGAGUCAAAGCGAAGAAGACAAUGGUUUGGUUGGAGAACGAAGACUCUGUGUACCGUCUUUCCAUGUCGGUCAUCAGUGUGUCCCCAAUGGAGCGAAUCAUGUACCAGUUCAUGAAGUGGCAGGAAAAUGAGGCUUAUCUUUUAGAAUGUGAUCCACCAAUGGUUGUGAUGGCAAGCUCUUCCCGCUCACCUGCAUGUAUUGCAAAGCGAGAAAUCAUUGCCGUCAUGUUGACUGGUCUUAUUUUUCCAGAAGGAGCUCUACAGGUUUCUGUUGACGACCUGUGCAAUGGCUGCUUAGCUCAUGCCGGUGUGGGUGGGUACUGUGUGCAAAGUUUUGAGUGA